GUCGAUCAUACGAUACACUUUAGUGACUUUACUCUUCCUCUUCUUUCUCUCAAGGCGCUCAAAGCCAAGAGCUACUGCAGAAUCCAAGCUGAGAAAUUAGGAGAGAUUUGCAUUUACUUGAUAUCACCAUUAUUCAGUAGGUGAGAUUGAGGCAUUGGUGAUAGGAAAUAUCCACACAGUCACACACACAUGGCCCAUGGCUGGUGUUGAGUCCAAUAUUAAACUCCAAGAAAACCAGUGUAAUCAGGUGCUCAGAUCUAAUCACCCGGCAGGCAGCUGAUACCAAUAUUCUACCACACACCCACCGCCAGUUGACUCUUGUUUUCAAGGGUUGGGUCUGGAUUCUUCGACUUUGAGGCAUCCUAAGGAUCUGGGUGUUUUCUGGGAUUGGGUUUUUCGAAUCAUUCAUGUUUGUUUGCAUCUGGGUUUUCUCUGAUUUCUUCCAAUCUCUCAUAGUUUUGGGGAUUUUAUGAUUUUAAGGUCCUCUAGAUUAUCUACAAAGAAAAUGGUAGCAGCAGGAAAUGGUCUGUUCUACCCCAUUGUCGGAUUCGCUUCAUGUUUGGCUCUCAUCUACUUGUCCUUUGGGGACUUGAGGAGCAAUUUUCGUGAAGAAGAUCAUCAGUUGGCUUUUGUGAAAAGGAAUGGGACUCAGUUCACCUCGGAUGGUAAACCAUUUUACAUCAAUGGAUGGAAUUCUUAUUGGCUAAUGUAUCACGGUGUGGAUGAGUAUACCAGACCUAGAGUCCGAGAAAUCCUGCAAGCCGGUGCCAAAAUGGGUCUUACACUCUGUCGAACUUGGGCUUUUAAUGAUGGUGACUACAAUGCUCUUCAGGUUUCCCCUGGUCAGUUCGAUGAGCGAGUUUUCAAGGCUUUGGAUCAUGUUAUUGUAGAAGCAAGACAACAGGGCAUCAGAUUGCUACUUUGCUUAGUUAAUAACUUGGAAAAUUAUGGUGGGAAGUCUCAAUAUGUAAGGUGGGCCUGGCAAGAAGGUGUUGGUUUGAGUGCAUCUAAUGAUUCAUUUUUCUUUGACCCAUCCAUUCGCAAUUAUUUCAAGAGUUACAUCAAGACUAUCCUAACGAGGAAGAAUACUCUGAAUGGGAUUGAAUAUAGAGAUGAUCCCACCAUUUUUGGGUGGGAGUUAAUAAAUGAACCCCGUUGCAGCACUGAUGCCUCAGGCGAUACUCUCCAAGAUUGGAUAGAAGAAAUGUCAGCAUUUGUGAAAUUAAUUGAUAAGAAACAUCUACUGACAGUGGGCCUGGAAGGAUUUUAUGGUCCUAAGGACCCCAAAGCCUUAACUGUGAAUCCUGAACGGUGGGCUUCCCGACUUGGAUCAGAUUUCAUUCGCAACUCCAAGAUCCCCAGCAUUGACUUUGCUUCUGUUCAUAUCUACCCUGACCAUUGGUUUCAUGAUCUAGAAGUGGAGGACCACCUGAAAUUUGUAACCAAGUGGAUGCUUUCUCACAUUGAAGAUGGUGAGAAAGAACUUAACAAACCAGUCAUGUUCACGGAAUUUGGCUUGGCAGACCAGCUUGAUAGAUUUUACAAAACUAUUUAUGAUAUCAUUUACAAAUCUGCAAAGAAACACCAGGCUGGGGCAGGUGCUUUAGCGUGGCAGUUUAUUGUUGGAGGAAUGGAAAAGUUCAAUGAUGAAUUUGGGAUUAUUCCAUGGGAGAGGCCAGCUACCUAUAAGCUGAUAAUAGAACAUACAUGUAGGUUGGCUAGAAUCCAGGGUCCAGUUUUAGAACAGCGAAAUUUGAAAGAGCUGUGCUUACAAAAACACUGAACUGCUUAUUUUUGAGCUGAAGGUUCAUUCCUUUUGAGGGGGAGGGGGUAAAGUAGGAUGUGUUGUGGUUUGCGGUGUUUAGAGGGAAGCAGGUGUUGCCACAUGAUACACGUUAUAUAGUUUCUUCUCGAAGGAAUUAGAUUAAUUACAGAAUGUGUAAGAAUUGCCAUGUUAUCAAGCCUUUUGUUAUAGAAGAACAGAUCAACAUCCAGAAAUGGUUGCUAAAUUAUGGAGUGUAGUUUACUUUGCUUGUAAGCAAUUGGCAUGGUACUAUGUUUUUGUUUGGCCACCACCAUCUGCUAU